UGCCUGGGGAUCGAACCCACGGCUCUGGUAUACUGGGACGGCGCUCUAACCAACAGAGCUACCUGGCCAGGACCAGAAACAACUCUUGAUUAAGGGGUUUCAGGACUGUUCGUGUGUUGUCUCUCGCCUCCAUCUUGUGGAGAAUUGCUCAGAAAAGUGGAGAGAUUGGUUUUCAGGUGCAGUUUGUUCUAAACCAGGACCAGAAGCGCGGUAUCCUGACUCUUUGGCCCGGUUGUCUCCAGACCACAUGGCCACUUUGAUGCCUGCUCUGUAAAGAUGCUUUCUCUGUGGCAGCCACUCUGGCUUCUCUCUCAUCUUUGUAGGAAGGGUGGGGACAUAUUUCCCUUCAACAGCAUCAUUUGUUGGAAAGGUUAAAAGUUGGACACUGAUUCCAGUUGGGUUCAAUUACUUAUUACCAUGAGGCCUUGAAUAAUUUCAUGUGGGAAGGGUGGGAAAUCCUUACUUAGUAGUGCCAUUCUGAAGGGUAGAGGCUGCUGCUGUUUAUAAUUAGAACUGAGGAGCUGACUUAGGCACAAAGUUUACGCUGGGUUCUUGAGAUCUAAAGCACACGGGAAUGACCGAUUCAGCGACACCUCUAAUCUGUGUCUGUGGUGGGGGAGAAGGGAAGGGGGGUUUCUAGGCUGGUGAUGCAGGACUUCUUUCUCCCUCUCCAGCCCUGUUUUCUCGGACACUGCCCUUCUACCAGAGAGGAGCCUGAGGGAAGACGACAAAGCUGUUCUACGCCCUUGAAUUCUUAGAGCCAUGUCCAAGGUGAAAUCUAAAAAAUAAAACCAUGCAAACUGCUACAUGAAAAUACACAGAAUGGUUGUAAAGAGGAAGCUGAGCCAGAAGCGGAAAUCAGCACUGUCCAGUGGAACUUCCUGUGAUGACUGAUGAUAGAGUGUGCCACACGUGGCUAUGCACCGCUUGAUUUGGUGACAUUUGGGGACGUGGCCAUAGCUUUCUCCCAAGAGGAGUGGGAAUGGCUGAAUCUUGCUCAGAGGACUUUGUACAGGAAGGUGAUGUUGGAGAACUACAGGAGCCUGGUGUCACUGGGACUUUCACUUUCUAAGCCAGAGGUGAUCUCACUGCUGGAGCAAGGAAAAGAGCCCUGGAUGGUGAAGAAGGUGGGGACAGGAAGCACAUGCUCUGAUUGGGAGUAUGCAUUUAAAAACAGUGAAUUUUCAUCAAAGCAAGUUAUUUAUGAAGAAUCAUUCAAAGUAGUGACAAUGGGAAGAAGCCAUCUUAGUUACAGCCUUGAUUACCCCAGUUUGGUAGAAGACUGUAAAAGUGGGGACUGGUUUAAGAACAAGUUGGGAAGUAAGGAGAUACAUCCUAGUCAACUGAUCAUCACUCAUAAGGAAAUCCUCACUGAAGAUCAAAGUAAUGAAUAUACUAAAUCUUGGCAAACUUUCCACCAGGGUGCAAUAUUUGCUAUAAAACAGAGUUUUCCCACCAAAGAAAGAGUGCAUAAGCAUGAGCCACAAAAGAGAAGUUACCGAAAAAAAUCUGUUGAAAUGAAGCAUAAGAAAGUCUAUGUAGAAAAGAAACUUUUGAAGUGUAAUGAGUGUGAGAAGGUCUUCAACCAGAGUUCAUCCCUUACUCUUCACCAGAGAAUUCAUACUGGGGAGAAACCUUAUGCCUGUGUUGAAUGUGGGAAAACCUUUAGCCAGAGUGCAAACCUAGCCCAACAUAAGAGAAUACACACUGGGGAGAAACCCUACGAAUGUAAAGAAUGUAGGAAAGCUUUCAGCCAGAAUGCACACCUUGCUCAACACCAGAGGGUUCAUACUGGAGAGAAACCUUAUCAGUGUAAUGAGUGUAAAAAAGCCUUCAGCCAGAUUGCACACCUGACCCAACAUCAGAGGGUUCAUACUGGAGAGAGACCGUUCGAAUGUAUUGAAUGUGGAAAGGCCUUUAGUAAUGGUUCAUUUCUUGCUCAGCAUCAGAGAAUUCAUACAGGAGAGAAACCUUAUGUAUGUAAUGUGUGUGGGAAAGCCUUUAGCCAUCGUGGUUACCUAAUUGUGCAUCAGAGGAUUCAUACCGGAGAGAGACCUUACGAAUGUAAGGAAUGUAGGAAAGCCUUUAGCCAAUAUGCACACCUUUCUCAGCAUCAGAGAGUUCAUACUGGAGAGAAACCUUAUGAAUGUAAAGUGUGUAGGAAAGCCUUCAGCCAGAUUGCAUACCUUGAUCAGCAUCAGAGGGUCCAUACUGGAGAGAAACCCUAUGAAUGCAUUGAGUGUGGGAAGGCCUUCAGCAACAGUUCAUCACUGGCACAACACCAGCGAAGUCAUACUGGAGAGAAACCUUACAUGUGUAAGGAAUGCAGGAAAACAUUCAGCCAGAAUGCAGGCCUUGCUCAGCAUCAGCGAAUUCAUACUGGAGAGAAACCUUACGAAUGUAAUGUGUGUGGGAAAGCCUUUAGCUAUAGUGGCUCUCUUACUCUGCAUCAAAGAAUUCACACUGGAGAAAGGCCCUAUGAAUGUAAGGACUGCAGGAAGUCCUUCAGGCAGCGGGCACACUUGGCUCAUCAUGAGAGAAUUCAUACUGUGGAGUCAUUCUUAAGUUUCUCCGCUUCCUCACCCUCUGUGUCCAGUCAGUUGCCAAGACCUGUAGGUUUUAUCUCCUAAGUAGGCCUUGAAUCUCACUCCUUUAAAUCAUUUUGACUCCAUCUUAUUUGUCUAGUACACAAUAAUCACUUAACACGGACUGUGGAAAUAGCUUUCUGAUUUCCUGUGUUUACCACCUACUUUGCCAGUUGUCACACUGCAGACAAACUUGUAUUAAAAACAGUUUGAUCAUC